AUGGCCUCCGCCUCCUCAGCCGCAGAGCAGCAGCCCGGGCCGCUCAACUACAUCGCAGGGUUCCUCAUGGUCGGCAUGGCCUGGGGCCUCACCACGCCCUUCAUCCGCCGCGCCGCAAAGGACCACCGGCCCCCGCCGCACCCGCUGCUCGACUCGCCGGCCGUCCGGGCCAGCUGGCUCAGGGCCAGGGCCUACGGCGCCUUCUUCGCCGUCGUCGACCUGCUGCGGAACCCGCGCUAUGCCGUCCCGCUGCUGCUGAACCUGACCGGCAGCGUGUGGUUCUUCCUGCUGAUCGGCAAGGCUGAGCUGAGCUUGACCGUGCCCAUCGUGAACACGCUGGCGUUCCUGUUCACGGUCGUGGGCGAGUGGUGGGUUGAGAAGAAGGUCAUUAGUCGCAACACACUUAUGGGCAUGAUCCUUUCGAUAAGUGGCAUUGCCUUGUGCGUACAGAGCAAGUCGACAUGA